CAUGCAUGUGUGUGUGCAUGUGAGUGUCUCUGAUGUCUGCGUGUGACUGAGUGUCUCUGUGUGUAGUGUGUCUCUGUGCAUGUCUCUGUGCACGUGCGUACGUGUGCAGCGUGUGCACAUAUGUGUGCAUCUGUGUGUGUGCGCGUGCAUGUGGGUGUGGGUGACAUUAAUUGUUGUUGUAAGCAGCCGGGUUGUGCGGUGCCUGGCUGCAGAGGCAGGGCCUCACGGCUGCUCCCAUCGCUGCAUAAAAGGCACCAGCCUGCCCUGAUUGAUACAGGAAGGAGUUCCUUUUACAAAAAGUGGAAUAUUUUGAUUUAAGCUAGAGUUCAGUUCAUCCAAGUAACUGUAUUUUUGAAAGUUAGACAGAAUGUCCCUCUGAGAGCAUGUUUUUUUAUAGCAUGUUGUUUUCGAACAGUGUUUUUCCAGACACUGUUCUUUCUUUGGAGAUGAUUACGUCUUGUGUUAAGUACGAUAUGUGGCGUGUUUUUCUAUAAUCACCUCUGUUUGCAGUCUUUCCCUGUCUCAUACAAGGUCAGGCAGAGCUGGAGCCAGCUCCAAAUUAGGAAGAGACCUGACUGUUGUGAAGUUCAUAAUGACAUUAAAAUGAGUCCUUGGAAAGUAAUAGAAUAUGCAUAAGAUUUCUGGAAAAAUUUAUAUGCACGCACAUAAGUGGGAAAUAUGUUCUGGAACCAGUGUUUGUAUCAUUGCACGUGGAUGGAGAUCAGUGCCUCGUGUUGCCCAGGCCUGAUUAAAGGGUGCUCGCUUUCUAAAACUCCAAAAUGAGUCUUAGAGAGUUUAUUUGCAUUUUUGGUAUCACGAGCACUGAUAAGGUUGUGAAGGCUGUUCUCCAUCUGAUGAGAAAUAAAAUAGGAUGCGACGAAUGAGACUUCCUCUCUUUUGAGAUGCCACCUGAAGUCCUGUGCCCAGUUCUGGAAUUCCCAACAUAAGAAGGACAUGGAACUGUUGGAACCGGUCCAGAGGAGGCCAUGAAGGUGAUCUGAGGGGCUGGAGCACCUCUGCUGCGAGGACACGCUGAGAGAGUUGGGGUUGUUUAGCCUGGAGAAACGAAGGCUCUGGGGAGACCUUAGAGUAGCUUCCAGCACUGAAAGAGGCUCCAGGAAAGCUGGGGAGGGGCUUUUUACAUGGGCAUGGAGUGACAGGAUGAGGAGGAAUGGCUUUAAGUUGGAAGGGGGAAGAUUCAGAUGAGACAUUAGGAAGAAAUUCUUCACGAUUAGCAUGGUGAGGCACUGGCCCAGGUUGCCCAGAGAAGUUGUGGCUGCUCCAUCCCUGGAGGUGUUCAGGGCUAGGCUGGGUGGGGAAACAGGCUGCAAAAAAUGACUGAAAGUCUAUAAUGUGCACGAGGCUGUAACAAGUGGAAAAGGUGAGUGUUGUGUUUUAAUAGGGAAGGAUGCAUGCAGUGAGAAUCUAAAAGAGAAAAAAUACAAAUGUGGAAAUAGUGUGUAGCUAUGUAGACUGGAGAACUAAGCUAUAGGGCACUGCAAGCUAUUAAACAUAAUUAGACAUCAUUAAAACGUCCCUGCAUGCCUGAGGCUGUGGAGACUGAAGGGAGUAUAGUCAAGGCAGCCCUGCGUAGCCAUGCUGCCCAGACAGGACUGGUGAAAGGAUGUGGUAAAAAAUGAGCUGCCAUCAUAAAAGUGAUAGUUGAACAGCAGGUUUCCAGGCAGGCACGGAUCAGGACAAAAGAGCUGGAGGGCAUGUGGUGUGUGUACUUGGUUUUGUUUGGGUUUUUGUUACAUUUGUUCGUGAUGCUCUAGAACAAAAUAGUGCCCUUUAGGAGAGUUUGGUACAGCUGAACGUUCCUUCAGGCCAGAUACAAACCAGAGACAGACUUCAGAAUAUGUUAAUAGAGUGGAAUGAAACUGAACAUACGAAAAUUAUGGAGUUAACAUGCUUGCAUAGUGGUAUGUUGGUAAGUAUCAGAAAACAUCAGCAUCAUUAAAAUCCCAGUAGAAAUGUGUGGAAUAGGAAAAGAGAGGAAGAACUGUUAUGUUAGAGUAUCCUCCUGGUUUUGUAGUAGUGACUGGCCCUAAGGGUUUUUUUGUGUUGAUACCACUAGCUUGUCUUUCAAAUUUAGGUGACCAAAAUGGAAUAAAAGACUCUUUUCUCACAUGUAAUGCCUAGCACUGAGUUUAAAAAGUUUAGCAAAAGUUAAAAACAGUAUUCCUAUAUUGGAAUCAUUCUCUCUGGUAGUAAGAAAAUGUUGUAUUUGUUAUGUUUGGUAUCAUUGGCCAGUAAAACUUCCUGUAACCUCUUUGCUUAAUUCAAAGUAAUAUUAAUGUAAAAAUUAGCAGUAGCUUCUUCCCUUUGCUGUGUCCAUGUAGAGCUGGCUGCUCUGAUAUUUGUAAUCAGCAGUGUCAGCUUGAGGCAGAAGUAGUCAAAUUUGUGUUUGGAUGCAUCAGUCUCUGAUCUUUCCAUUAAUCUUUAAUAGAACUUCUUUUCACUUAUGUUUCUUAGUAUUGAGUUGAUGGCAUUCUGAAGAGGGCUCAAAUGGGCUUUGCUGUGUUUUAAUGGAAAAUAUUUGAUAGUAAUCUUAAUAAUACAUCUGAAAAGUUUGAUCUCUUCGAGUUCCUUUGGAAACCGAAGAGCAGGUUCUCCUUUUGCAGUAUGAACUGCAAAUAGAAUGAAAAAUAGUCCUAAAAUAUUCCACCUAUGUGUGUGCUAGGUAGAGCAUUCCAAUUUUAUAGCAUUUUAGACACAUUUUUCACCAAUGCAAGAAGCAAGGCGGGUAAAGUGAAAGGCCGUAGAGAAUCAUUACACAAGAAUAAAUGGACUAUUUGGGUAAUGCAUAGGUGGAGAGAGAAGCAAAAAGAGUUGUUCUGAAAAUCAAUUUGCUCUGGCAUUUUUCUCUAUAUAGUCUAUAGCAGAUGGCUUUGCACACAGCAAAAAUCUGAUUGUCCAACCAGCAAAUUAUAGUUUCUACUAUUUUUACACAAGGGAUCAGUUUGGUGUUCUACUGAGCAUACCAGGACAUCCAGGAGUACAAAACUGGCAAUCUGUGUACAUGGGAGCAGAAAUGUGAAACAGUCGCUUUUCUCCUGAGGACGAUGAAUUUUGAAAUAACCACUGAAUAUUGAGACUUCUACCAAAACCGCUGGGGUUUGUAGGCCUUGCUUAUAAAUGCCUCAUAGUGCAGAAGUGGCGGUCUGAUAUAUUUAGCAAACAGCAUGUCAGAUGAUGCGUCUUUGAACUAAACCCAGCUGUCUCCAAUAAAGAGCGAGCAGAAAGGCAGGCGGGUUCCUAUGGGGCACUUCGCUGGGAGGUAGAGCUGACAUCGCUUAUUUCCUAUACUCAGGAAAUAACUCUGUCAAUAGCUCCUGUUGUGAAAUGGUUUUGAUGUCUGACAGUUGGUUUCUAGUACCACAUCACAUGAGCAAAUCAGAUGUAAUCUCAGACAUUGUCAAUGAGAAAAAAGAAUCAAUUAUGGGAUAGCGGCUGCUUGCAUGAAGAAAAGUGUUCUUGCCAGUGAUAUUUCUGUAGAAGAAUCGAUCUGCUAGAAGAUCAGAUACCAAACUGCAGCAGAUACCCUUCCUAACUACUAUGAAUUUCAGGUUAUCAUUCCAAGUUAAUAGAUAUCUCUUUUUUUAAGCCAAAUCAGUGUAAUAAACACAUGAUGAACUAUGAUUUUAAGAUUUAAAGGCACAAAACAAUGUACCUGGAUUGACAGCUGCUGUGAGUGACCAGAUGACAGUCAUGUCCCAUUCAAAGGAUUUCAAGGACGAUUUCCACAGUGACACUGUGCUUUCUAUUUUAAAUGAGCAGCGCAUUCGGGGUAUUUUAUGUGAUGUCACCAUAAUUGUGGAGGAUACUAAAUUUAAAGCCCAUAGCAAUGUGCUGGCAGCCUCAAGCCUUUACUUUAAAAACAUUUUUUGGAGUCGUACUAUCUGUAUUUCGGGUCACGUGCUGGAGUUGGAUGAUCUCAAAGCUGAAGUGUUUACAGAAAUACUGAAUUACAUCUACAGUUCCACAGUAGUUGUUAAAAGGCAGGAGACUGUAACAGACCUUGCAGCUGCAGGGAAAAAAUUGGGAAUAUCAUUCCUAGAAGAUCUUACAGAUGUUAAUUUUUCAAGUUCCCCCUGCCCCUACGCAUACUGUGUUAGUGAGAAAGGGGCUGUCAAAGAGGAGAAACAUGAAAAGAGACAUGAAGACUCUUCUGUGACGAAUGGACCACGAAUUACAAAUGCAUUCUCGAUUUUUGAAACAGAAAACAGUUUGUUUUCUCCACUUGAUUUACGGGCAAGCUUUAAAAAGGUAUCUGAGACAGUACAGGCUCCCAGCGUCAGCCUUGACAGAAGUGACGUUUGCAAAGAAGCUGAGCCAGCCAGUACGCUGGCCGAACACUCCUAUGCAGUUUCUUCAGGGGGAGACACUUUUCAAGGAACAUCUUUCCUUGAAAAGGACAACAGCCCUUCCUACAGGGUGGGUGAAGACCACUAUGAAAAUCUCCAAGCCACGCCACUCAUUCAGCCAGGAAAACAAGCAUGUAGUACUCCCAAGACAGCUGCUAAGCCCCAAAGUACGGGUUCAGCUAUAGCAAAAGCACCGGCCUCUACAGUAACCACUACAGAAGCCGAGCAUGAAACAGUUACUGAUCAGACAACUAUUUCCUUUCCAAAACCUCAAAAUAAAGCAGGAGAUUUCCAUUCACCCAGAGAGGAGGUAAACAAUUCUGCUAAUGUCGCUAAUGUCUCUGGAUCCAUCGCUAAUGUCUCUGGAUCCGUGGCAACUGUUGUUCCACCCGUUUACAACUGUGACUGUUGUACAAAAUCAUUCAGUGACAGGGCGUUACUCACUGCUCAUCUUCAGCUCCAUUCGGAGCACCAGGAAACCUUCAUAUGCAAAUACUGCAGCAAGCAGUUUGCGAAUCGAAAUAUAUUGGAAAGUCAUGAGCAAGUCUGCAUGCGAUCAAGUAGCCUGUCGGCUAACAAUGGGAACGAACAAAACUUUCCAGAUGACUAUACUGCAACAGAGGGAAGGAAUGGAAGUUCAUAUGCAAACACAGAGCCUCUGUUACCUGAAAACAGCAUCACUGAUUAUUCUAAUGCAAACUGCACUUUACCUGAAACAGAUCAUUUGGUGAAAGUCGUUGAUGGGCAGAUAUUAUACACUUGCAUUGUUUGCAAGCGUAGUUAUGUGACAUUGUCCAGCCUUCGGAGACAUGCAAAUGUGCAUUCAUGGAGGAGAACCUAUCCUUGUCACUACUGCAAUAAAGUAUUCGCGUUAGCUGAGUAUCGCACCAGGCAUGAGAUCUGGCACACUGGAGAAAGGCGGUAUCAGUGCAUUUUCUGUCUGGAGACUUUCAUGACUUAUUAUAUCCUAAAAAACCAUCAGAAGUCUUUCCAUGCAAUUGACCAUCGUCUCUCAGUAAACAAGAAGACAGCCAACGGAGGCUUAAAGCCGAGUAUGUACCCAUACAAACUUUAUCGACUUCUGCCUAUGAAGUGCAGGCGACUGCCUUAUAAGUCCUACCGAAAUUCUUCAUAUGAAGGUGUUCCAACAAGCAGCCAGGUUAACGAAGCCACUCCUACUAACUGUUUCAUUCCAAGUUCUCUUAGCUCUGAGCUACCACCGCUGAAUUUUCAAAGUAAUGUAAUAACAAGCAACAGAACUCUUGCCUUGGAUACAUCUGCAUGUAAGGAUACAGCAUCUUCCACAAAUACUCAGAAUUCUUCCUCUUGGGGAGUAGGUAUCUUAAAUUCUGACCUGCAAAGGGACUUUUUCACAGCUGAAAAAAGAGCGUCCACUGCUGCAAAUGACUCUGGUUCUCAGGAGUGUGAUUCCUCAGUUGCAUCUUUAACUAAUGCGAAUGAAAAUUCAACCUCUGUCAUCAGUUACAGCAGUUCUGCACCCUCUGUUAUAGUGCACAGUAGCAGAGUUUCAUCAGUAAUAAUGCACAGUAAAGCAGUCACUUCUGUAGAAAACAAUAAGACAGAAUCUUCAAAUAAUCUACCCAGUCAGUCUGUAAGUGAUGAUUGUAAAUAUGGGUCACAUAAUGAUGAGAAAUGCAUUACAAAAUCAAAGACUAUUAAGGAGAAAAAGAAAACACUGGUGUAUCACAGAGCAGAAACAACUGAGGAUACGCAGCACGUCACAGGAUCUGGAGGUUCAUCUGGCAAAACAACAAAUACAGUCCAAGAAUCAAGUAAAACCGAAACGUACAUCGCAAAGCCUGCCUUACCCGGAACAUCUACUGACAGCAAUGUCGCACCUCUAUGUCAAAUAACAGUAAAAAUUGGUAACGAGGCCAUUGUAAAAAGACAUAUAUUAGGAUCUAAGCUGUUUUGUAAAAGGGGCCGAAAAUCUAAACACGAGUCCAAACAGGACAAUCUCAUUGAGGAAUCAGAAAUGGAGGUAAAAGAAAGAAGCCCAUCCAGGCUCUAUACCUCAGAGUGCCUGGAGCUGACAGAAAUGUGUGAUGAUGUAAGUGACCAGGACUCCAGUGACAAACCCUGGAGGCCCUAUUAUAAUUACAAACCCAAAAAGAAAUCCAAACAGCUAAGAAAAAUGAAAAAGACCAAAUGGAGGAAAAAGCAUGGAAGCAAGAAUGCCGUUAUGGAAAGCCCCAACACAUGCAGUCGAGAGUAUACACUCAGGAACACCUCUGAGGAAAAGCCAAUCGGUCAGGAAGAGAAUGCAGAAAUGCCUAAUCUUCAUUGUGAGCUCUGUGAAAGAGAUGAGUCUUCCACUGCAGACGCUCAAGAGCAUGUACACUGGCAUGUAGGUACUUCAAAGCCUUACAUUUGUGAAUUAUGCCAAAAACAGUUUCAAAGUCCGUCCACUUUAAAAAUGCAUAUGAGGUGUCACACUGGGGAAAAGCCCUACACUUGCAAAACCUGUGGUAAAUGUUUCUCAGUUCCUGGGAAUCUACAGAAACACGAACGUAUCCACCUGGGCGUCAAGGACUUUGUCUGCCAAUACUGUAACAAGGCAUUCACUUUAAAUGAAACGCUCAAAAUACACGAAAGAAUUCAUACUGGAGAAAAACGCUACCACUGUCAGUUCUGCUUUCAGAGCUUCUUGUAUCUUUCUACGAAAAGGAAUCAUGAGCAAAGGCACAUACGUGAACAUAAUGGGAAAGGGUACGCUUGCUUCCAGUGCCCCAAAAUCUGCAAGACGGCAGCUGCUCUGGGAAUGCACCAGAAGAAACAUCUGUUCAAAAGUCCAGGUCCACAAGAUAGAAAAGAACAGUUUUGCAAUGAAAGCACUAAACUUUUAGAAAGUCCGCAUUUCCUUGGCUCAGAAGGAAGUGAAGUAAAAAACAUACAAAAUGUAACUCCAGAAGUCAUACUCUGAGUGAUGGUUGUCCAACAGAGAAGAAAAAUCUGAACCUGUAUAUUGGAGAAAACACAGCUGCAUUGAACUGGGAAAAGCCUCCCUUAGGUAUCAUCUACUAGGAUCUAAUUUCUUCAUCUAUGUGUGUCAAUAUAUGCAAAGGAAGGAAAAAUAACACAGAAAAGAAAAACCAGUGUUUGCAAUAAUACAAACUUAAUGUGAAAGGCCCAAAAUGCUUUUGCCACAAUAGACUUCUAACACAGAAAGAGAGAAAACAAGAAAAAUAUGACCAAUCAAACCCCUUCUGCUUGGCAUUACGGGAAACGAGUCACGGAACUGUUUUGCAGUGCUGGUUUUGAGUCAGAAUCAUUGUAGGCAAAAUAAAUAGGUAGGUUCACAGUGUACUCUGUAGAAGGAAUUUUUGCUGCAGAAACCAUAUAUUGCAUUUUUUAACAAGUAAUGUCUUUAUAAACAAUAAUUGUUAUUUAGUGUAUUCUAAAGUGAAGUUGGGAAGUGUUUCAUGAACUUGGGUAUGCUGAAGUACAGUUGAGUUCUAGUGUGCUUUUCUGUAACUCAACAUUUACAGAACAUAUUCAGGAGUUUAAACCUCUUCUCCUUUCCGUAUUCAGUUUUGUAGUUACCAUAAUAACCGUUAAGUCUGAGUGCUUGUGUGGAAAGUAUUCCAGAUCUAUGAUAUCUCUGAGACAUUUAAUAAAGAUUCAGUGGAAUUCUCAAUAGCCAGUCUUCCAAACUGCCUAAAUCCCAAUGUCUGUGGCCUGGGAGAGCUAUUCAGCUGCAUUUGUCUGAAGAAAAAUGUUCUCUUGAAUCAGCCUAGCUUAAAGGGAUCCUGUAUAUAAAUGUACAUCUCCUGGUAAGGCUGCAACUCCUGUCUUUUAGAAACACCAUUGUUCUCAGCAGAAGAAGAGGAGAUCUAGACAAGAGUCUCCCUCCUCAUCCUGGAAUAAUGCCUGGACCACAAAUGAUGGAGCAAGUCCCUAUAAAUACUUUUAUUUCAGGAGGAGUAGGUAAAUACUCAGAUUCUUGCUUCCAUGUGUAUUUCUGAGGCAGUCCCUCUGUAUAAACAGGGAUAGGGCCAGUUUGCAGGACUCCCUGCUGUCCCCUUGCCCUCAAUAAGACAGGUAACCUUCAUGUGCCCCUCCUUAGUGAUCUCUAAGUGUGCCAGCACAUUGCCCCAAGCAGGCGUCAUUGCAGCGGCCCUGCACCCAGCAUAGCAGGCCCAUAGCAGAGAGGAGCCCGGAAGGGGUUGCUGGAGGAAGAAGACUUGGCCUUUCUGCCUCCCUAGUCCUGCCAUGCUGAAGGGUUAUGGUGAGCCUUACGGCUUCACAGUUUGCUCAGAAUCAGGAGAACAGGCUUCUGAAAGACGUCACCAAAAUCUUACAGUUAAUAUUAUUUUGUGCAAAUGUGAUGCGUUUCAACAGUUGAAGAGAUUUUUACAAAGCCCAAGAGGGUGUAUGUGUACAAGUUGCAGUUUAUAUGGUAGGGCUCUGUUGUACUGUGUCUGCAUUUCCAAUUAGUUGUGUACAGUCAUCUCUAUGAAGUGUUAAAAAAUUAAGUUGGGACAAAGGUUAGCAAACCUCAACUUCAUUCUGUGUGCAAAUACAGUACCCAGUUUGUUUACUUACUUCGUCUUCUUGAAUAUUUUAAAAGAAACUAUAGCUUGGGGACAAUGAAACUACAGUUGCAGUGGUAAUACAGUAUUGAUUGAAGUAACGAUACAGUCCACUUAUUUAUUCUAUCAUUGGUGAAUGCUAUGAAGCCCUUGAGAAACGUUGGUUUCGUGGCAGCUUUGGUUCCAUUUAAGUAAGGAUGAUGGAAGCAUAAACACAGUAAAGUACGGUGAUGUUUCAAAGAAAGUACACGGAGAUAACUUCUAAGUGGACUUGUAUGAUGAUAAUUAUAGACCAAAGCAAAUAAGGUAGAAUAUUUAUAAAUAUAAAGAUAAUUUUACAAAUAUUUUAUAUAACUGUAUAGUUCAUAAGAAAAAUAUUGGUAGCUCGUGUUAGGUUUGGGGAGGGUUUGUAUAUUUUGAUAAAAACACAAUGACUUUGUAACUCUGUAUAUUCUCUACAGUUUAUAGCAAAGCAGUUUUAAGAUGGCAAUGUCAUGUUUAUAGUUCAGUUGUGGCACUUUUACUACAAGUAACACAUUGCAGUAAUGAGUCAAGUAUUAAUGACCAAAUUAGAAUUAAAGUAAGUGUAAGAGAAGGUAAAUACUGUAUGUUGUCAAAGACUGUAAUUUGCUGCAUAAUCACAUCUGUCUUUUUGUUUAGAAAAAAUAUUAAAUGCAGAUGUUAAGGAUUGAUAAAGAGUCUAAUUUUAUUUUUAGAAAGAGUGAUUAUAACUCUGUUUUUGCUUA